GCUGUGGUUCUGUGUUCAAUUGUUAAUUUAAAGGUCUGCUCUAAAUGUUAAACAGUGGUGACUGUGUUUUUUUUUUUAAAUAGAAAACUGGCCUUUAUGAAAACACGGAAUAAACAAAUGCUUAGAAACAAACAAACCAUUUAUAAUUGCUAAAUCAUGCUAAACUAUAAGGUGCAGAGUGAUAAUAGCAACAAGAACCGACUCUUUUAAGAGAGUCGAGCCCAAAAGCCGAAUCUGUAAAGAACCGAACUUCCCAUCACUGUCUCGAGCGGCUCAUGUUCGGGUCCUCAGACUCCGCCCUUGUGUCAGCUUUCAAUCUUUGUUUCUGUGUAAUUGGAAUAAAGACGCAACGCCUCCGCUUCAGGACCAUAAAGCUCGGCUUCAGGUGGACUCGUCAUGAGCAGCGGGUUCAGACCUGCGUCCGUGAAGAGAUGGAGGCGCAGGUCCGAGCUCUGCUCCUGCUUCUAGUUUUAACCCCAUCUACUGCUGAGAAGAACCUGAGAGGAACUGUGGGAGGAAGCAUCACUCUGCCUGAGCCUGUGCUGGAGCUGGGGUUCAUUUUAUAUGGAACAAAGAAUAUAGCCAUUGUGGUUGAUGGGAAAAUGAAGAUAGUAGAGAAAAUGUAUCAGAACAAGCUUCUGUGGAGCGACAGAACUGGAUGCUUCACAAUAACAGACCUGCAGAGAAACGACUCAGGGAUUUAUGCUGUUGACCGUAAAGAAAGUGGUGUCAGCACAGCUUAUAAACUCAGCGUGUUUGACUCCGUCUCGGCUCCGACAGUGAACAGACUUGGCUCCGACAGCUGCGUCCUGCUGUGUGAGGUGGUCAACGCUGAGGAGACCACUCUGCUGUGGUACAAAGAUGACGAGGUGGUGAAGCAGAACAGCUCGGCUCCGUCUCUGUCGCUCACUGUACACGAGCAGGACUACAAAUCCUCCUACAGAUGUGUGGCUGCCAACCCCGCUGAACACAAGGCUGAACCAGUCAACGUGGAAGAGACCUGUGGACCCAACUACACAGGAAGGAACCAGGAGAAGCCGGAGGAUCGGAGUCGAGUCAUUGGCAUUGUUGUCUCCAUCUUGUCUGUGAUCAUCAUUGGAACUGUUGGUAUCAUCAUUCAGAAACGUUUCCACAACCGCUUAGCAUUUCCAGCUAAGCGUUGUUACAGGUCCAGAGAACUCAAACAGACGUCCAGUACACUGAUGUACAUUUCUAUGACGACACACGGGGUCAGAAAACAUUUCCCAGAGCCCUCAGGAAGUCACGACUGCACGCAGCUGACAACGGUCUAUUAUAACCUGGAGGUUCACCGCUUGGUCCAACAUUCAGACCCUGGUUAGAAGAACCAGUUCUCAACUAAAGUCAUCUCAGGAAACCAGAAUAGAAUAGAAAACCUUUAUUUGUGCCACAAUGGGGAAAAAGGCAUAAAUACAGAAUGGUUGGAGGAAAGAGGAAAAUGGUGUAAUCUUGUAGUGGAAAUCUACCUAUGAAGAAAUUAACUGGAGACAACAACCUCAUCUCAAUAUCAUCAAAACAAAAGGGAUCAGAGUGGACUUCAGGACCAGCAGAGUCAGACACACCUGCAUCCACAGUGGCAGUUGUGGUGGAAAUUUCCCAUAAAGAAGCAGAUGAGAGAGUUGUCCUUUUGUGCGAUUUAUUGAAAUAAUAAAGAAAAUAAAAAUAAUGGGGAAAGCAAAUAAAAAGCGUGGAUGUUGAUCGUGCACAUCAGCAAACCAAAAACCAGCUGGGGAGAUCAGUGCACACACCACGAAGGUGUGAUGCAAAGAGCCCACGAUCCUAAAGUUGCUUCUGCCUUUUAGCUCCUCUGUCCGACUACGGUAGAAUGUCUUUCUAACCCAAUCAAGUAAGGAAGGAAGGAAGACACAUUUUUCCCCAUAACACUCCCCCCUUUUUAUUACACAUUAAUCAACCACUAAGAAGGAAAAUUGUCAACAUCACAUUCUGUAAUAAUAAAAGAUCCAUGCAAAUGAAACAAUAAGGGUAUUAACUCAUCAAGAUUCAAAAUACACCUUCACAUAAAAUGCAAGUAACUUAGGGACAAAAGGUUGGGAGCUGUUUUUGGUGGGUAGUUAUACAAGAAUAACCUCUGUAUUGGCAUGUGAAGAAAAUAAGCCCAUAAUCAUAUUCGUAUCAGAUUAUAUUUUGUGAUCAGAUAGCCUAAAACCACGGUCAAAGUCAUUAAGUGAAUUAGAGUUGGGGUUUUUCAACAUAGUGCAUUGUGUCAUUUGAUACGAGAGUGUUGCUGUGGUUGCACGCAUGAUGAGACCUCUAACUAGUGGGAUAAUGCAAAAACCAAACAAGAGAAUCACAGCCAUCUCAGUGAUAAAGGAAACAGCUGCAGACAUGAGAACAGAUUUCCAUUUUCCAGACGUUUCGUUUAGCCAAUUCCAAGGGGAAGAAUCUAUACCAGAGUUAGCUGAAAUUCUGAAGGCCGUGGAGCGCCUUCGCCACAAUACCAUUAGAAUCAGUGUUAUUCAGGAUGUACUGUAAGUACAACAUGCGUCUCCAAACAUAACACAAACGCCUCUUUUCUCUGCUAACAAUGUGUCUACGGCCAUUUAAUUGUAAUGUAAUAAAGACAAUUAAUGUAUGAUAGCCAUAG